ACUACCCACCAAAAACCAACUACAGCCAGCACUAAUACUAAAGUUACCUACAAGAAGUCUGCUACUACCAAGACUACAUGCAAAAGUUCCGUUACCAUCAACAAUAAGACUACCAAUAAAAGGUCUUCUACCACCAAGUCUGUAGCCACCACCUCUGACCCACAUACAACUAAACAUGAAACAACAGUGAAAGCUACUACCACUGAACAAGAAACGAUCACGAAAGCUACUACCACAGAACAAGAAACUACAGCUAGAGCUACUACCGCAAAACAAGAAACUACAGCUAGAGCUACUACUACUGAACAAGAAACUACAGUUAGAGCUACCACCGCCGAACAAGAAACAGAAACUACAGCUAGAGCUACUAACUGCUUGUUCAUUGGUCGUAGCUGCGUGUUCAGUGGUAGUAGCACCUUGUUCAGUGGUGGUAGCAGCUUGUUCAGUGGUGGUAACUGCUUGUUCAGUGGUCGUAUCUGCGUGUUCAGUGGUUGUAACAGCUUGUUCAGUGGUGGUAGCAGCGCGUUCAGUGGUGGUAGCAGUGCGUUCAGUAGUGCGUUCAGUAGUGGUAGCUACGGCGGUCGCGGAUUUGUGGUGGGUAGAUUUAAUAUUAGCGGUAGCGGAUUUUUGUUUGGUGAUUUUAGUAGUAG